UCACUGUUUUUCACACGUUUUUAGUCUGACACAAGCACAGGCUGCUGGCAGCUCUAGGGCUGCAGGUAACUGUUUGCCAUGUACCCCAGAGUUAUCUUAAAAGGAACUCUAAUCAAGAAAUCUCAACAGAAAAGAAGGACUUCCCCAAGCAAUUACAAGGAAAGGUUUUUUGUUUUAGACACACAAGACUUGACCUAUUCUGAACGGCGUCCCGGGAAAAAACCUGUUCAGAAAGGCAGUAUUGAGCUGGCCAGGAUUAAGUGUGUUGAGAUUGUAUGCAGUGACAUUCCCAUCCCCUGCAGCAACAAGUACCCCUUCCAGGUUUUUCAUGACAGCUAUUACCUGUACAUUUUUGCCCCGGAUAAUGACUGUCGGCAGCGGUGGGUCCGGGCGCUUAAGGAGGAGACAAAGUGUAAUAGGUUAGCAGUGAAAUACCACCCUAACUUCUGGAUGGAUGGGAGAUGGAGAUGUUGUCACCAAACGGAGAAGCUGGCGGCCGGCUGUCAUGAGUAUGACCCCAUGGGAUUUGCUUCCAAAAAACCUCUCCCUAAAACUCCAGACCCUGAGCGCCGUUUAUCAAACCCAGACUUAGGCAAGGUGGUGGUGGUGGCUAUCCAGAACUAUAUCCCCCACGAUGCAUCUGACCUCACCCUGAAGAAGGACCAGGAGUAUGUCCUUACUGAUAGCUCUCACCCAGAGUGGUGGGCCGUGCAGGAUGACAGGGGAAACACUGGGUUUGUACCCAACAUAUACAUUGCCGAGAAAUCGGGGAGCAACUUCAACAGAUUUGUAUGGUACAACAAAAACAUCACAAGGGCACGAGCUGAAGAACUUCUGAUGCAAGAGGGCAAAGAAGGGGCAUUUAUGGUGCGGGAUUCCAGGCAGCUCGGCGUCUACACUGUGUCCGUCUACACCAAAGCACCAGGGUCAAAUGGGGAGAAGAAUCCGAGAGUGAAGCAUUACCAGAUAAAGGAUACAGAGAUAGAGCCGUUUAGGUUUUACCUGGCGGAGAAAUACCUUUUCAGCACUAUUCCUGAGCUAAUCCAAUACCACCAGCACAACGCUGCAGGUCUGAUCACGCGCUUGCGACACCCUGUGACGCUUGGCAAAGACAGCUCUCAGAACUCCUUUGAUGUCUCACAAGCAGGCGAGUGGGAGGUGGAGCCUGCGGAGCUGGUGCUGGGGGAGGAGCUGGGGAGCGGGGAAUUUGGAAUGGUGCUGCAGGGGACAUGGAGGGACAGGAAGGUGGCCGUGAAGAUGCUGAGAGAGGGAGCCAUGUCGGAGGAGGACUUCAAGGAGGAGGCCAUGGUGGUGACGAAGCUGUCCCACCCGAAGCUCGUCCAGCUGUAUGGUGUUUGUACCCAGCACUCUCCAAUAUGUCUGGUGUUUGAGUUCAUGGAGCACGGCUGCCUGUCGGACUACCUCCGAGCCACCAGGGGGCAUCUGUCUCCGGACACGCUCCUGGGGAUGUGCCUGGAUAUCAGCGAGGGCAUGGCCUACCUGGAGAGCUCCAACUUCAUCCACAGAGACCUGGCUGCCAGAAACUGUCUGGUCUCUAAGGACAAUGAAGUCAAGGUGUCUGACUUUGGCAUGGCCAGGUUUGUUUUGGAUGACCAGUAUACUAGCUCUCAGGGCUCCAAGUUUCCUGUGAAGUGGUCGUCUCCUGAGGUCAUCAAAUACAGCAAGUUCAGCAGCAAGUCGGACGUCUGGUCUUUUGGUGUGUUGAUGUGGGAGGUGUACAGCGAGGGUCGCCUGCCCUAUGAGAGCCGCUCCAACGCGGAGGUGGUGGAGUCCCUGAACGCAGGCCUCCGGCUGCUCAAGCCUCGUCAGACCCCCAGUGCUGUGCACCAGCUCAUGGAGUGGUGCUGGAAGGAGAAACCAGAAGACCGGCCGUCCUUUGCUGUCCUGCUGCAUGAGCUGGCCUCCCUCUCAGACCUCUGACCCCAGCCUGGCCAGCCUGUUCACACACACCUGUAGAAUAGAGAGUCUGUAUGUACAAAGACAUAGGAGUAAUUUAUACUAUUUAUUCGUUUGCCUGGAUUCCUAAUAACUGUGCUAGUAACUUUGGCGUCAACCUGUGCGAUAAGUGUGAACUCAGUGCGUGUGGUCAGCGAGAAAAUAAAAGUGUAUCCAUAUUGCA